AGAAAGCCGAUAACCUUCUAUUUUCUAUUGUAACUCUCAAUUGAACGCACAAACUGUACAUUGUUCAAUGUAAUUUGCCAUGCCCCCAUAUUUGGUGGAAAUUACAUGCGUUCGGGCUUAUCGAGGCAUCUGCAAAUCAUUCCAGAACUUGCACAGUGUACGCCCUUCACUAAGGCAGUGGUAAGCCAUAGUCAGGGGGAGAAUUUAAUUAAUUCAGGCCCGAAAAAGAAAGAAAAAAAGUAUGCUGGCUAUGAGAAGAAUAGUGAGACAUUCCAGAAAGGGAGCAAGUUCCACGACACAUUUAUAAGUGUGCUUCACCCCCAUAUCCUAGAACACUGGCCUGGCUCUCUCAGCUUUUGUUGGUUGUUGUGUUUCUGCACAUAUAAUUACUUCAAUCCACCAGCGCACCGGAGAAUGUUCAAACUCCACCGUACUUGGACCAACAUGACAAGUCGUACUGAUCGCACUUCUAGUACGAAUUCGAACUCAACAGCGUCCAGCGACGAGCCACAUACCGAUAGCGAAUCCACAAACUGCACCAUAACCAGAGGACCAAAGAUCCAUGUACUGCAACCGUCAUCUCCCACUAAAUUUGCCAGAAACCCAUUGAGUAUUUUCAACAAGAGGAAGAAGAGCGAGCAAGUUGCGUUGCUGAUUGGAACAGAGCAGAGCGGUAAAAGAUGUAAGUUGUUUUAAAGCCAUAUGGAGAUCGAAUAGAGAGAUAGUUACUAACAAGCAUGGGGGAAAAGCCCUUAUGGAGAGUAUAAACUAUAUGGACACCGAGCUGGAGAUCAUCAGUCUUUCGAAUGAUAUUGCCAUUUCCAACUACCAUAACUUCUUGUACGGCGUCAACAGCAUAAUAUUUGUUAUGGAUUCUGCAAAGCUUUCAGUGGAGUAC